AUGGCGACCGCGCCAGAUCAGCAACAGCAGCAGCAGCAGCAGCAGCAGCAACCCGUCAUGCCACCACCGCCACCGACCACCACUUUAAUGCCGGUACAUGACAAGGACGAGAUUCAAGGUCUUAACAAUAUUCGAGAGUUCCUCAAGGUCCGCUGCGGUUACGACGUCUUCCCCCUCUCUUUCCGUCUUGUCGUCCUCGACAAUGAUCUUUUGAUAAAAAAGAGUCUCAACAUUCUUAUCCAGAACGCCAUUGUUUCUGCGCCACUAUGGGACUCGCGUACCUCGCGAUUCGCCGGCAUCUUGACGGCCACCGAUUACCUAAAUGUCAUUCAGUAUUACUGCCAGUUCCCUGACGAAAUGGGCAAGCUGGACCAGUUUCGCCUAAGAAGCCUCCGUGACAUUGAAAGGGCCAUCGGGGCCCUCCCCAUCGAGACGGUGUCUGUAAAUCCCACACUUCCACUCUUCGGCGCUAUUACGCGUAUGCUGGGUACGCGAGCACGACGUAUCCCCCUGGUCGAUAUCGAUGACGAGACGGGCCGCGAGUGGGUGGUGUCUGUCAUAACCCAGUACCGCAUCCUGAAGUUCAUUGCCGUCAAUAACGAGCACAACACGAUGCAGCUGCGCAAGACGGUCCGCGAGCUCGGCAUGGGCACCUUCUCGAAUAUCGCCACCACCACAAUGGAAUCCACGGUCCUCGACGCCGUCCGCCUGAUGGUCCAACGUAACAUAAGCAGCGUGCCCGUUGUCGACGAGAGCAACCGUCUCCUCAACGUCUUCGAAUCAGUGGACAUCAUACCUUGCAUCAAGGGCGGCACAUAUGAGGAGCUCGACAACACCGUCGGCGACGCCCUAUGCAAGCGACCCGACGACAGCCCGGGGAUAUACACGUGCUCAGAGAAUGAUCGCGUUCAGGCCAUCUUCGACACUAUUCGCAAGAGUCGCGUGCACAGGCUGAUCGUAGUCGAUGACGACAAUAAGCUGCGAGGCAUCAUAUCCUUGUCGGACAUAUUAAACUACAUUCUCCUGGCCAAGGUGGAGUGA